AUGGGUUCUUUCAACGUCGGCCUCUUCCCUUCUUUGAAGGGCUAUCCUCUCCAAAUCUCGAUCAUGGUCACUUCUGCCAUGGCUUUCCUUCUAUUUGGCUACGACCAGGGCGUCCUGGGCGGCCUCAUCACCACGCCCGAGCUACUAGGCGGACUCGGAGUGUCACCCAACAACGCAAAUCUUCAGGGAACAAUGGUUGCCAUUUACGAUAUUGGCUGCUUUGUCGGUUCGGCCAUCUGCGCUGUGGUCGGGCACAAACUAGGCCGUCGCAUCUACAUCGCCAUUGGGUCCCUUCUGCUCAUCGUUGGGGCGGGCAUGCAAGCCGGUGCCAACGGACCUGGAACCCUUAUUGGCGGCAGAGUUAUAGGUGGCAUCGGCAUGGGUUUCACCACCGCCGCUGUACCCGUCUGGGUUGCCGAGUGCUCGCAGCCGCAUGUGCGUGGCGGGCUGGUCACCACGCAGAUCUCAAUUGUGAUUUUCGGCAUUGUCAUAGCGUACUGGCUUGACUAUGGCACGAUCGCGAACCUGUCGGGCCAAAUCGUGUGGAGAUUCCCGCUCGCGUUCCAGACAGUCUUUUGUGUACUGUGCUUGCUGGGCCUUCCUUUCCUCCCCGAGUCCCCUCGAUAUCUCUACUCUCAUGGCCACAUCGAAGACGCGGAUCAGAUUGUCGCCCCGAUCUACUCAGUGCCACAUCAUCAUCCCACUGUCGUCAACGUCCGCAGGGAGACCUUAGAAGCACUCGAGGCGGAGAAGGAGUAUAAGAUUCGUUGGCGAGACAUUUUCUGGGACACGUCUAACUUGAACACGGCCUGGCGCGUGUGGCAGGGAGUCAUCAUCAUGAUUUUACAGCAGGCCGGAGGCCCCAACUUAAUGGGAUACUACGCGACACUGCUGUUCGAGCGCAGUUUAGGCAUGAGCGAACACCAAGCGGCUCUGGCCUCGGGAGGGUCGUCCAUGGUCAUGUGGGGAGGCACCAUUUUCUGUGCUCUGACCGUGGACCGACUCGGUCGACGCACGCUGUUCCUCGCAGGCGCCUUGACGCAGUUGCUCAUGAUGGUGCUGUACACGACGGGUCUGGGCGUUGGCAGCACGACUACUCUGCGCAUGGCGACGGUGUGUAUCUUCCUGUACAAUUUCUGUUUCGGAGCCAGCUGGUGCAGCGUGCCGUUCACGUACAUCCCGGAGAUACUGCCUCUGCACGCCCGCGCGUUCGGCACCGCCAUGGCCGUCGGCGUCGAGUGGCUCAUGACCUUUAUAAUCGUCAAGGUUGGCCCCAUUGGUAUCUCGAAUGUGGGGUGGAAGUUCUAUCUCCUGUUCUGCGUCGGUCUCUCGCUGCAGGUCCUUUUUGCGCUCUUCUGCAUCAAAGAAACCAAGGGAGUCCCUCUGGAGGAGGUCGACGCGCUGUUUGCAAAGAAGUCCGCCCGCAGUGAGCUUCGAGCCCGCUUGGCAGGCAGCACCAUGCCAGAGACCAAGGAAUCUCAUGUUGUCGAGGUCGAGAUGAACGAGAACGAGAAGAGCUCUGUUUAG